AUGGUGUCAUUUUGCGGAGUGGCAGCCUGCUUGCUGACAGUUGCUGGCCAUCUUGCGCAGGCUCAGUUCCCACCAAAACCGGAGGGUGUCACUGUCUUGGAGUCGAAGUUCGGCAGCGGUGCUCGCAUCACUUAUAAGGAGCCCGGCCUCUGUGAGACAACAGAGGGCGUCAAGUCGUACGCCGGAUAUGUUCAUCUGCCUCCAGGCACGCUCAGGGACUUCGGUGUCGAGCAGGACUACCCUAUCAACACCUUUUUUUGGUUCUUUGAAGCAAGAAAGGACCCGGAAAAUGCCCCUCUCGGCAUUUGGAUGAACGGUGGCCCGGGUAGCUCGUCGAUGUUUGGAAUGAUGACUGAGAACGGGCCUUGCUUCGUCAAUGCUGACUCCAAUUCUACUCGCCUGAACCCUCAUUCUUGGAACAAUGAAGACCAGCCAGUGCAGGUCGGUCUGUCCUACGACACUUUGGCCAACUUCACCAGGAAUCUAGUCACGGAUGAGAUCACGAAACUGGAACCCGGAGAACCUAUUCCGGAACAGAAUGCUACUUUCCUAGUAGGUACAUAUGCAAGCCGCAAUAUGAACACCACUGCACACGGAACUAGGCAUGCUGCCAUGGCUCUCUGGCACUUCGCCCAGGUCUGGUUCCAAGAAUUCCCAGGAUAUCACCCUAGGAACAACAAGAUCAGCAUUGCUACCGAAUCCUACGGCGGCCGUUAUGGCCCGGCCUUUACUGCCUUCUUUGAAGAGCAGAACCAGAAGAUCAAGAACGGUACAUGGAAGGGACACGAGGGAACUAUGCACGUGCUGCAUCUGGACACCCUCAUGAUCGUCAACGGAUGCAUCGACCGUCUUGUCCAAUGGCCAGCAUAUCCACAAAUGGCGUACAACAACACAUAUGGCAUCGAGGCCGUCAACGCCAGCAUUCAUGCAGGAAUGCUGGAUGCCCUCUACCGCGACGGUGGCUGUCGAGACAAGAUUAACCACUGCCGCUCCCUUUCUUCUGUCUCUGAUCCUGAGAAUCUCGGCAUCAACUCAACUGUCAAUGAUGUCUGCAAGGAUGCGGAGACCUUCUGCUCCAAUGAUGUUCGCGAUCCCUACACCAAGCUCUCUGGCCGCAACUACUAUGACAUCGGACAGCUUGACCCCAGCCCGUUCCCAGCACCAUUUUACAUGGCCUGGUUAAAUCAGCCGCAUGUGCAGGCAGCACUGGGUGUGCCACUCAACUGGACGCAGUCGAACGAUGUUGUGAGUACCGCAUUCCGUGCAAUUGGUGAUUACCCUCGGCCAGGGUGGCUGGAGAACCUGGCUUUUUUGCUGGAGAAUGGCAUCAAGGUUUCGCUUGUUUACGGUGAUCGGGACUACGCAUGCAACUGGUUCGGUGGUGAGCUCUCAAGUCUGGGAAUCAACUACACUGACACCCAGGAAUUCCAUAAUGCCGGCUAUGCAGGUAUCCAGAUCAAUAGCAGCUACAUCGGUGGACAGGUGAGACAGUACGGCAACCUCUCCUUCGCCCGCGUCUACGAGGCCGGCCAUGAGGUGCCAUCAUACCAACCUGAGACCGCACUGCAGAUAUUCCACCGUGCCUUGUUCAACAAGGAUAUCGCUACUGGAACCAAGGACACGUCCUCGCGCAUGGACAGAGGCAAGUUUUAUGGCACCUCGGGCCCUGCGGACUCGUUUGGUUUCAAGAACGAACCUCCGCCGCAGCACGUCCACUUCUGUCAUAUCCUAGACACAAGCACCUGCACCAAGGAGCAGAUCCAGUCAGUUGAGAACGGCACUGCUACCAUACGCAGCUGGAUCAUUGUCGACUCCAACUCGACCUCUCUGUUCCCCGAGGUGGUUGGCUCAGGGGAACCCACGCCAACCCCUAUGCCUGGAGGGGCUACUACACUAUCUGCUCACGGAUACUUGUAUGACGUGACAUUAUGGGUUGUUCUUCUUGUAUCUGCUAUAGAGCUGGUAAUGUAA